AUGUCGGGACAUCAAUCGGCUCAGUCGGCUCCCAGAGGAAGCUUCUUUGGAGGUGGAAUCGGAGUCAUUUGGUUCGAUGACUUCAUAUGUACUGGACACGAGGAGUCCCUACUCGACUGCUCCCACAGUGGGGUCAAGGUUCACGACUGUAAUCACGGAGAAGAUGCCAGUGCUGUGUGCUCUGUCAGUUGUCCCACUCUCCGGAGCCCUAAUCAUGGUCGUCUGAGUACUACGGACACAGACCCAGGUGUUAGUGUUCGUGUUGUGUGCGACGAUGGCUACACCUUCGAUGAAACCACUGGCGAUCCCAGCACGGUGUGUCGUCUGACUGGGUCGUGGAGCUCUACUCUUGGUGGCUGCAAGGAAGAGGUGUGUCCACCGUACUCUCAGAAUAUUAGCAGAAAUCUUCUAGUGUCUGUGGAACAAGGUGGAGGAACUGCAAUAGGAACGGUCCUGAGGUUCAGCUGUUCAGGAAACUACCAUAUUCACGGAGAGUACACCGAUACCUGUGUGAGCCCGGGAGUGUGGAGUGGACCGUUCCCCUACUGUGUUCCUGGAGAAAAUGUUAUCUGCCCACCGUACUCCCAAAAUGUCAGCGCAAACGUUCGAGUGUCAGUGGUUACUGGACGAGGAACUACACUGGGGACUGUGCUUGCCUUUACCUGCUCCGGAGACAACCGCAUUCGUGGAGACGGAGUAAUCUCUUGUCUCAGUAGCGGAGUCUGGAACGGGACUGUUCCAGACUGUGUGUCAUGUUCCACACUGAGUGUGUCACCUCCACUCCGUGCCAACACUACGAAUGUGACUGAGGGUACGGUGGUGGGGUUCACAUGUGACUCAGGCUAUCGUCUGACAGGACACGGUCACCUUGACUGUGAGACUUCUGGCCAUUGGAGUGCUGGUAUUCCUACCUGUGUCAAAGUGACCUGUCCUGGGCUGACUACUCCAGCUAACGGGAGACUCAGUACUGGUAGUACCAGUGCUGGGACCACGGUGUUUGUCGACUGUGAUCAAGGCUACAUGUUUGAUCCAAAUACUGGACACAAUAUCACAUUGUGCCGCUCUGACGGAACAUGGAACGCCACUCUGGGGAGCUGCACUAGUGUGAGCUGUGUGGCGCUCCCUCCUCCACGCAAUGGUAAACUCAGCUCCUCAGACACCAGACCAGGGACCACAGUGCACGUCGACUGCGAUGAUGGCUAUGUCUUUGAUCCCACAACUGGAGGUAUAAGUGUGGUUUGCCGUGUCGGUGGUUCAUGGAACUCAAGCCUUGGUGGAUGCAAGCAAGCAAAAUGUCCAGAGCUUUCCAAACCAGCCCACGGCAGUCUCAGCACGCCAACCACUACUGCUGGUACCAAAGUCAGUACGGAAUGCGACGAUGGCUACACAUUUGACUCCAGCACUGGAGACAUUGCUGUUACGUGUCGCUCUAAUCAGACGUGGGGUUCAACCCUUGGAGGAUGCAAGGAAGGUUAGGAAUACAUAAUGUACAUACUUCCCAACAUAUGAGUCUGUAUUAAUAUAUAUGAAGUACAUAGAAAACGAU